AUGGCGACGCAAAGGGUUCUUCGCCUCACCGACCGUACGUCCUGGCAUAGCCUUACCGAAUUCCGAGAACCAUGUCCAUCGGCCGGGAAACACGAAGUUCUCAUCAAGAUUCGAAGUGUGGCUUUGAACCUUAGGGACAUCGUCAUUGCGACAGGAAAAUACCCCUUUCAAGUGAAGGCUCAAGUGAUCCCCGGUUCCGAUGCAGCUGGUGACAUUAUCAAGGUUGGCGAGGGUGUUUAUGGUUUUGCUGAAGGUGAUAGGGUGGUUAUCUGCUAUGACCAAGCAACGCAGUAUGGACCGCUCAAAUCUUGGGGUCAAGGAUUAGGUGGCCCGGUUGAUGGUGUGAUGAGGGAAUACAUUUGCGUUCCUGCGCAUACUGUCGUGAAGAUCCCGGAGUAUUCCACUCUUACCUAUGCGCGAUGGGCUAGUGUGGCCUGCGUGGGCGUCAUAGCUUGGAAUGCUUUGCAUGGAGCCGUGCCAAUCAAGCCCGGUCAGACGAUCCUGUUUCUUGGAACUGGUUGCAUGAGUAUCACAGGCCUUAUCAUAGCCAAAGCCGCUGGAGCCACGACGAUCAUCACAUCCUUUUCUGAAGAAAAUCUGCAAUAUGUGGAGAUGACGUAUGCACCCGACCAUACAAUCAAUUGCACCGAGACACCAGACUGGGCUGCUGAGGUACUGAAGCUCACCGCCGGCCAGGGAGUGGAUCAUAUUUUCGAGAUCGGGGGCUCCGCAACUAUCCAGCACUCAUUCAGAGCUCUGGCGUAUGGCGGAGUGAUUUCUAUCAUGGACUGUCUUUCCCCGGGAGUGCAUAACACAAUGCCUGAUGUGGUGACCCUUGCUUUGUGGAAAGGUGCGACUGUACGCGGUAUCUUGAAUGGCUCGAAGCAGCAAUUGGAGGAAGUCGUGAGGUUCAUUGGUUCGAAGAAUCUCAAAUUGCCUGUGGAGAAGACUUUUGAGUUUGGCUGCGAGCAGGUCAUUGAGGCGUACAGUUAUCUCGCCAGUGGGCAACAUAUUGGGAAAGUCUGCAUUGAUUUCUAA